AUGAAUUUUCAUGGACCUUACUCGCCGAGGCAUGUACAACAAGUUCUUGCUGCAUGCCAGGAGCCUCGGGUCGAGUUUGAUGAGAGAUAUGUUCAGUUCAUUGCAAGCGCGAAAAAGACGGAUCUACUCAGAAAACCCUCGCGGAGGAACGGACCCGUCAGCAAUACUACUGCACAGCGAAUGGCAAGAAUCAUUGCGACCUUUGGACACUCAAUACCUGCGUGCUUCGAUGUACGACGAGAUCGACUAUUCUUUACCAGCUGCGAGACAUAUCCUCCUGGGCGCGUAGCUGCAAUCCAGUUGUUUGACAACUUGAUAUUUCUGGCCACAUAUGAAUCCGAUCUAUUGUAA